CACCUUCCAGCCACCCAGCGCGGGCUUUCCGUAUGCCGGGGGUGUCCUGCAGCCGUCGCCUCAGCAACUUUACGGCGGCUAACUGGCCAGCCAGGGCAGCGACGAUGACUGGGACGACGAGUGGGACGACAGCUCCACGGUGGCCGACGAGCCUGGCGUGCUGUGCAGCGGCACCUACCCGGACCUCAACGGCUUGUCGUCCGCGGGUGGCGGCGCUGCUAGCCGCUACCCCUUGUCUACCGGCUCUGACUUGUCGCUGGGCUCCCGUGGGGGAUCAGCUCCUCCGGCACCACCCUUCAGGGGCCAAGAGCUCGGCCACGGUGAGCCGCAACCUCAACCGCUUCUCCACUUUUGUCAAGUCAGGUGGGGAGGCCUUCGUGUUGGGCGAUGCUUCGGGCUUCUUGAAGCAUGGGGACAAGCUAUGCGUGGUGCUGGGCCCUACAGCCCCGAGUGGCAGGAGAACCCCUACCCCUUCCAGUGCACCAUCGACGACCCCACCAAGCAGACUAAGUUCAAGGGUAUGAAGAGCUACAUCUCCUACAAGCUGGUCCCCACGCACACACAGGUCCCGGUGCACAGGCGCUACAAGCACUUCGACUGGUUGUAUGCAUGCCUGGCUGAGAAGUUCCUUGUCAUCUCUGUCCCCCAUCUGCCCGAGAAGCAGGCUACUGGCCGCUUCGAAGAGGACUUUAUCUCCAAGUGCAGGGAAGGCCUGAUCUGGUGGAUGAACCACAUGGCCAGCCACCCAGUGCUGGCACAGUGUGAUGUCUUCCAGCACUUCCUGACCUGCCCCAUUAGCACAGAUGAGAAGGCCUGGAAACAGGGCAAGAGGAAGGCCGAGAAGGACGAGAUGGUGGGCGCUAACUUCUUUUUGACCCUGAGCACACUGCCCGCAGCAGCUCUUGACCUGCAGGAGGUAGAGAGCAAGAUAGAUGGUUUCAAGUGCUUCACCAAGAAGAUGGAUGACAGCACGCUGCAGCUCAACCGCACUGCCAACGAGUUCAGGCGCAAGCAGGUGACGGGCUUCAAAAAGGAGUAUCAGAAGGUGGGCCAGUCUUUCCGUGGGCUCAGCCAGGCCUUUGAGCUGGACCAGCAGGCUUUCUCAGCAGGCCUGAAUCAGGCCAUUUCCUUCACCGGAGAUGCCUAUGACGCCAUCGGCGAGCUCUUUGCCGAGCAGCCCAGGCAGGACCUGGACCCAGUAAUGGACCUGUUAGCGCUGUAUCAAGGGCACCUGGCCAACUUCCCGGAUAUCAUCCAUGUCCAGAAAGGAGCUCUUACCAAAGUAAAGGAGAAUAGGCGACACGUGGAAGAAGGGAAGAUGGAGGUCCAAAAGGCUGAUGGCAUUCAGGAUCGCUGUAACACUAUUUCUUUUGCCACUUUGGCUGAAAUUCACCACUUCCAUCAAAUUCGAGUAAGAGACUUUAAAUCACAGAUGCAGCAUUUCUUACAACAACAAAUAAUAUUUUUCCAAAAAGUGACCCAGAAGUUGGAAGAAGCUCUUCACAAAUAUGAUAGUGUUUAAUGACUGGACAUUGGAUUGUGAACUUUUUUCAGUUCAAGAAUAAUUUCUACAGCAGAAUAAAAACUGCUGUCAAAGAGCUAUUGCCAACUAUCAGUGGUGGUACAAGGAUGGUUUUGUGUUCAACUGAAAGCCAGCUGAAUAUAUAAUUAUGUAGGAGAGAAACCAUUAAUAUGGCUAUAUCAUAGAAACAGUACCACACAUUGUAACUAAAUUAUACUAUGUAUGCCUACACUACCAUUGUAACUUUUGGAAUAAUGAUUAUACUAUUUGCCUUAUUGCUUUUUGAAGUAUGGGUAUUCUAGUGCAUACUUUGUAGACCUCAAAACCCAUGAAGGGUCUCAAAGAAGCUGGCUGGAUAAAGCCUGCUGUGGAUGCCUUUUCACUCUCAGAUUGGGAUUACCUAAAUUCAACCUGUUCUCUGUUUACAAAUUCCAACUAGAGCAGCUAUUUGACUUUG